AACCGUCUGCCCCCUCCCAGCAGCUCUGCAGGACAGCUCUGGGCUUGGGGAAAUCCAUCCUGGACCUGGCUGGGCUUGCUUAUGAAGUGCAAUCUGUCUGAAGUAGCCACGAUGAGGAAGAGACCUGGCAGCAGGAGGGAUGUUACAGAUGAAGCAGCUGAUUAAAGCCCUUCCUGUACCUUCAGAAUGAUUUUUGUGGACAUGGGCUCCAUGGAACUCUGGUGAUCCCUGCUGCUCACACUUGUCACCAUGCUGGCAGAAGGCAUCCUAACGAGGCUCAUCUACAGAGAAAGCUGUCAUCAAGAUAAGCCUCGCAAAUCCCCUGCAUCCCAAAAGGCCAAAGAGGGAAUCUGGAGACAGAAACUUGUAGACGUCCCAAGAAUUAAAGGCUUUGCUGAUGGAUGUGAGAAGCGGGAGGAGCUCUCUGCCAGAAGCAGCGAAGUGGAAGCCGGGAGCAGCCCUCGAUGGGGAUCCAUAGGGAAGGAGCCUGCAGAGGAUCAGGGAAUGCUGGUUAAAGGCACUGCAUCCCCAGCUGUACACAUCCCCAGGAGAGGAGGGAGCUUGGACGAGGUGGAUUUGUACAGAUCCUGGCCAUGCAACAGCAUUUACCAGAACUACCCUGACCUGCAGAUCGGGGGGGACCGCGUGGGGGGCCCCACGUGUGACUCGGGCUGUGUCCUGGACCACGGGUGUGAUGAGCUCCCUGAUGGGCCUGUGCUGCUCUCCAUAGACAUUCCCCUGGGUCAGUCCCCACUGUGUGAGCAUCCCAGAAAGCCCAGUGGGAUGUCCUUGCCUGGAGAUGAAGCUGGAGAAAGGAGCCUCCUGCUCAGCGAGGAGCCCCUGUCCAACUCCACGCUCAACAAGUACAUGGAAGCCAAAGUGGCAGAGUUCUACAAACAGUUUUUUGAAGAAAGCCUGGCCAGGUGUGGUUCCAUAACAAACCUGCUGACCUGCAGCUGGAUAAGGAACAGCCUGGACCAGAUAAGUGUUCAGAUCUCCCAGGAGCAGAACAUGGAAACCUCCAGAGCCAGAGGAGCCCUCCUGCACUCGUUGGCUUUGUUCAGCUCCCGCAACGCUCCCAACAGGAACAGCUCCGAGUUCAGCACCCCAAACCUCCAAAUCUCCAACACAGGGGCUGCAAAAUGGAGCUGCAGGAUGGAAUUCACAUCCUGACUGAGCUGCUCAGCUCAGGAGAGGGAUGGGAUUCAGGUGUGAGUGAUUCACUCCAAGGAUUAGGUUGGGAAAUGGAAACAUUUGCACACUACACUUGUUCUAGUUAAUAUUUUAAGUCUU